GGCGGCGGCAGGAGGAGCGGGACAGACGGCGGCGAGCGCGUCCCCGUCGAGCGGCUGCCGCCUCCGCCUCCUCCUCCGGCCGGGGCAGCGGCGCAGCUCUGGCAGGCAGCGGGCGGCGACGGAGCCGCGGGCAUGGAGGACCGGGCGGCCGCUGCCCGGAGCCAGGCGGGCCCCCGACGCCUCACCGACGCAGCCCCGUCGCCGGCUCGGCGCUCGGCGCUCGCAGCCUGAGGACGUCCCGCCAGCCCAGCAUGGCCCUCCCGCUGCUCCUCCUGGCCGCCCUCCUGGCCCGGAGCCGCAGUGCCCAGAUCCCAGGGGCUGGAUCGGCUGACGAGCAAGAUUCUGGCUACGACAUUGUUCACCCUGUCAAGGUCGACGAGAGAGGUGUCUUCCUCUCCUACAACCUGUCCCACCGCUGGCUCCACAGAAGGGCCAUUUCCUCAAAGAAUCACCCGCUUUCUUUCUACAAACUGUACCAUGGGGGGCAGGAGCUGAGAUUCAACCUGAGCCUCAACAGGCAUCUCCUGGCCCCUGGGUUCGUCAGCGAGAGACGAUUUGGAGGCAUCGCUCAUGCCGAGAUCCAAGCUCACAACCAGAACUCGUGCCACAUGGUUGGGUCAGUUCAGAACCAGGAGCAAGAGAAUGGGUUUGCUGCGCUCAGUACAUGUGACGGGCUGAAAGGAGUCUUCCGGCUGGCUGAUGAAGACUUCUUUAUCGAGCCGCUGUCUGCAAGCAAAUUCAGGGAGAAGACCGCCCACCCCCACAGGAUAUAUAGACGCCAUGUUCCAGAGUACGAGGCAGAAGAGUUUAUUUCAGUAGUGAGCACAAAGCAAGACAGGAAACAGCCUGCCAUUGUCAGGAUGUGUGGGGUGCAAGGAAGCCUCGAGAACUCUGAGAAGCAGAGAGAGAAGUGGGAGGGGAUGCGGCGGAGGAAGCGGCGGAUCAAGCAGCGCUCUGUCAGCAAGGAAAAAUGGGUGGAGACCCUGGUGGUGGCUGACACUAAGAUGGUGGAGUACCAUGGCAGCAGGGAUGUUGAGAGAUAUGUCCUGACGGUCAUGAACAUGGUGGCCGGUUUGUUCCAUGAUGCCAGCAUUGGGAACCCUAUCCAUGUUUCCAUUGUGCGUCUUAUCUUCCUUGAGGAAGAAGAGGAGGAUCUGAAAAUCACCCACCAUGCAGACAACACCUUGAAAAGUUUCUGCAAGUGGCAGAAGUCCGUCAACGUGAAAGGAGAUGCUCACCCACUGCACCACGAUGUUGCCAUUCUGCUCACAAGGAAAGACCUCUGUGCAGCCAUGAACCGUCCCUGUGAGACUCUGGGCCUGUCCCACGUCUCUGGCAUGUGCCAGCCCCACAGGAGCUGCAACAUCAAUGAGGACACGGGGCUUCCUCUGGCGUUCACCGUGGCCCAUGAACUUGGACACAGUUUUGGGAUUCAGCAUGACGGAAGCGGCAAUGACUGUGAGCCAGUUGGGAAAAGACCUUUCAUCAUGUCCCCACAGCUCCUGUACGACACUUCGCCCCUCACCUGGUCCUCCUGCAGCCGGGAGUAUGUCACCCGCUUCCUGGACCGGGGCUGGGGGCUCUGCCUGGAUGACCCGCCGGCCAAAGACGUGAUCGACUUCCCGUCGGUUCCCCCGGGAGUCCUCUACGACGUCGGCCACCAGUGCCGGCUCCAGUAUGGCGCUUACUCCACCUACUGUGAUGAUAUGGAUAGCAUCUGCAACACCCUCUGGUGCUCCGUGGGGAACACAUGUCACUCCAAGCUGGAUGCAGCUGUUGAUGGCACCAAAUGUGAUGAAAGCAAGUGGUGUUUCAACGGAGAGUGCGUCCACAUGGGUUACCGCCCAGAGUCCAUCAGUGGAGUGUGGGCAGCCUGGAGCUCCUGGGGCGCCUGUUCCCGAACUUGCGGUGCUGGCGUGCAGAAUGCAGAGCGGCAGUGCAACAGCCCGACGCCAAAGUACGGCGGAAAAUACUGCCUGGGGGAACGAAAGCGCUUCAGGAUUUGCAACACAAAGUCAUGCCCCACGGACAGGCCCUCUUAUCGCCACAUCCAGUGCAGCCGCUUCGAUACCAAGCCCUACAAGGGGACACUUUACAAAUGGACCCCAGUCCCUAACAACAUUAAUCCGUGUGAAUUGCACUGUCGCCCGGAGAAUGAGUACUUUGCUGAAAAGCUCCGUGAUGCAGUCAUCGACGGGACCCCGUGUUACGAAGCAAAAUCCAGUCGGGAUGUGUGCAUUAAUGGGAUCUGUAAGAACGUCGGCUGCGACUAUGAGAUCGACUCCUAUGCUGUCGAGGAUCGGUGCGGGGUGUGCCACGGAGAUGGGUCAACCUGCGAAACUGUAAAGAGGACCUUUGAGGAGAGUGACGGGCUGGGUUAUGUUGAUGUUGGGCUGAUCCCCGCUGGAGCACGAGAGAUCCAGAUUGAGGAGGUGGCAGAAGCCGAGAAUUUCCUGGCCUUGCGAAGUGAAAAUCCAGAUAAAUACUUCCUGAACGGCGGCUGGACCAUCCAGUGGAAUGGCGAUUACAAGGUGGCCGGGACAACCUUCACUUAUGAGAGGACUGGAAACUGGGAGAACCUCACCUCUCCAGGCCCCACUGAGGAGCCUGUGUGGAUACAGCUUUUAUUCCAGGAGAAGAACCCUGGAAUCCGCUAUCAAUACACCAUUCAGAGGGAAUCCGAUAGUGAGAACGAGAUCGCUCCAGCUGAAUUCUUCUGGCAAUAUGGACCCUGGACAAAAUGCACAGCCACCUGUGGGACAGGGGUUCAGAGACAGAUUGUGCACUGCGUUGAGAAGGUGGCUGGGAUUGUGGAGGAGCGGUAUUGCAAUGUGCUCAGCCGGCCUGACGACCAGCAGAGGAGUUGCAGCGAGGAGCCCUGUCCGGCCAGGUGGUGGGCUGGCGAAUGGCAGGUGUGUUCUGCCACCUGUGGGGACACCGGACUGAUGAAGAGGACCAUCCUUUGCAUCCAGAGUGUGGCGCUGGAUGAGCAGCGGGCCCUGCUGCCCGGCAAAUGCCAGCAUCUCUUGAAGCCGGAUGCCAUGGCCCCCUGCAACCGAGAGGUCCUCUGCCCAGCUCAGUGGGCAAUCGGCAACUGGUCUGAGUGUUCGGUCACAUGUGGGAGUGGAACGCAACAGCGCCCAGUCUACUGCCCCAAUGAUACCAGAGCCAGCUGUGCUCCAGGGCAAAAACCAGCGUCCGAAAUUGUCUGUUCAUUGCCACUGUGCUGGAACAGGGUUGAGAGCAUUGUCUCCGACUGGUCCGGGAGUGGUUCUUCAAGCCAGGAGCUGUUUAACGAAAUCAAUUUUAUCCCUCACCAUCACAUCCCCCGAUUUAGCCCUUCAACACCUGAAUCCAAAGACCUCAAUGCCAUAAUGGAAGACUUUUCACCCAGCAACAAUAAAAAGGGAAAUGUGUUUGUGGACGAUUUUUACUACGAUUAUAAUUUUAUCAACUUCCACGAAGAUCUGUCUUAUGACCCAGUUGACGAGAAAGGCAGCAUGGGAGAGGACUUGAAGCCAGACCUUGGAAGGAAGAUGGUAACCAGCAUGAAGGGGGACUCUAAUGAAAUGCUCCCAGAUUUCCUCCCUAUUGUAAAACCAGAGAGCAGAAUGGACAAAAAAAGCACAAAAUCCCCUGAUAUUGGGGGAAAUAACGAAGAGGAAACUGACGGGGUUCACAAACACACAACUGUUGCCAAUUUGCACAGUCCUGUUGGUACAACCAUGGUCCCCUGGGCGACCUCCCCUACAGCAGUCAGCGGGAAGGGCACCCCACCACCGCUUUGGGGAGAUCACCCCUCCACUUCAGCAGCAGCAAGACAUUUUCCUGACGCUUCUGAAAACACAGUUUUGAGAGGGAAUGUGGCAGCAGCAACCACCCCCGCGAGCUUUUCUUACUGGACCGUUCCGACUCCAAUGUCUCCUCCUGGCAAAGGCAGCAGCAAUCAAGGAAGUGAGCCUGGCGCUCCUGAGGGCAGGAUGCAAGAGGCAGAAAGCUCACAGGUUCCUUAUCAUAGCGCUAGCGAACCCAACCGCUGGUUGGGUGUGGUGCAAAAAGGUGACGGAGAGGAAAGGGGUGCAGGCCGGGCCGUCAUUGAUCUUGAAGAUGACAGAGGCGCUGCUCGCAGAACGAAAGAAGCCCCUGUUGGCACAGUCUCAGCAACAGCAGCUGCAACAGCAAGAGGACCACCUGACCACUUCAUUCAUCAACGCUCUCGUUCCACUGAAACCACCCCGAAUCUUCCCACUCAGGACACAAGUGAGAACAGCAAGGACCCUGGUGAUGUCAUGGAUUCACACAACAUGGCAAAUGGCAAGAGCCAUGCAGCGGAUGCCCAGAACCACCGGCACUACCCAGUGGUAGAGGGUGAGGAUGCCCUGCCCCCUACAAUUGACCUUCCCCCAGUGGCGCCCACCCUCACCUUAGCAUAUACGUUUUCCGGACAUGGCAGCCAGGCACUCGCAUCUCACAACCCAAACUCGUCAGGGCUGCAGUUACCAACUGAGCCAACAUUUGGGGGGCAGAGCCCAGCCGCUCCCAACUCUUUUCCUUCUGUGUCGCCUGCGCCAAGUCAGAAGGAAUCCAUGGGAAUUAACUUGGGUGCUAAGGAUACACCUUCCAGUGGAGACAAAGGACUCUUCAGAAAUCAGAGCUCCAGCAAUGGGGUUCACUGGAUGUUUGCCAGUGGCAGUGGAGGUCUCCAGCCCAGCCUCGCUCCUGUAAAGCACCAGGAAGAAGGAAAGGAUGGGACGCCCUCUGUGGUUCCUUCUGCUGCUGUAGUGGCCGCUCCCAAUGCCAGCUGGGAGGCUGGAAACUGGAGUGAGUGCUCCACCACCUGUGGCCUUGGGGCCAUUUGGAGGACCGUGCGCUGCAGCACAGGCCAGGAGGAAGACUGCAGCCCGGCCAGAAAGCCGAUCCCUGCCCGAAGGUGUUACCUGAGGCCGUGUUCCACCUGGCGUGUUGGGAACUGGAGUAAGUGCUCCAGGACCUGUGGAGGUGGAGUGAAAGUCCGGGACAUCCACUGCGUUGACACCCGAGACCAGCGACCCCUCCGCCCUUUCCACUGCCAGGCCACCCCGUACAAGCCCCCAACGCAGAUGCCUUGCCAAAGCCAGCCGUGCCUGGGCUGGUACACGUCCGCUUGGAGAGAGUGCUCUGAGCUGUGUGGAGGAGGAGAGCAACAGCGGCUGGUGACCUGCCCCGAAUUUGGAAGGUGUGACGAAGCACUCCGUCCAAACAACACGAGGCCUUGCAACGUCCACCCUUGUACCAAGUGGACGGUGGGAUCCUGGGGGCAGUGCACAGCCACGUGUGGUGGGGGCAUCCAGAGGAGGCAAGUGAAGUGCGUGAACACGAAGACUGGUGAGGCAGAAGAAGACAACAGCCUGUGUGACCAUGAACAGUGGCCAGAGAACACCCAGAAGUGCAACCCCCAGGACUGCAGUCACAGCCAGCCAAGGACAGUGGCUCUGUGAUACAGUGUCUGCUAAAGGAAGGGCUGUCGCUGAGUGGCAGAGAAUCUGCCGUGCACGCAGAAGGCCUCGGGUGCAGUUCACUGGCAGCAUCUCCAGGUAGGGCCAGGAGAGACUCCUGCCUGAAAGUCUGGUGAGCUGCUGCCAGUCAGUGAAGACAUUACUGAGCUAGAUGGACCAAUAGUCUGAUUCCGUAUGAGGCAGCUUCCUGGCGCAUCUCCCACACAGGCAAAGGUGAAGCCAACAGGAAGCAAACGGUGGCAUUCUGCAAAACCCCAUUUUGGAUGGACUUUUUCUGUCAUAACUAAAACUUCCUGGCAGGACUGAGCUUGCUGUUGGGGGGGGGGCGGUGAGGCAGAGGAGGAAGCUGCAUGGGCUGCAUUCCAACCCAGUGGUGACUGAUGCCUCCACGUCCGUGCCAAGAAGGUGAAGUCCCUUGGACAGCUCCUUGAAAACCCAGAGCAGAUUCUGCUGCCCCACUGGCAUGGAGCCACCACCCUCCGCCCUUCCAGCCCUUGGGUUGGUCACAAGCCAGAGAGAUUGCAAGGAGGGUCCUCAGCCGAGUACCUUCAGAAGGGCCCAGGUCCAGCCCUCAGCAUCUCCAACGCAGAAGAUCUGGAGCAGCAGUGUUGCAAGGACCGCAAUGCUGGCUGGUGCUGGUGCUGCGGGGGGGGGGGGAUGAAAUCCAACACUAUCUGGAGAGCACCAGGUUGUCUAUCACUGAUAUACAGGGACCACGACUGAUAUACACUGCAGAAAUGUUGCAACCCCCCCGGGAGCCCUCUUGAUGCAAGUCCAUUCUCUUUCUAAGAGGUCCAGUACCACCACUGUGGUUCCGAUCCAGAGAUGCGCCAAGUGCGCAAAGGUGUAUUCCUUCAGGGUAAUUUUGGAUUACCAGAGAUGAGAUGCAGACAAGAGGUUUGCUUACAAAGAGUUAAAAUUUAUUGAGUAACUUACAGCAUUCAGCCAAGUAUUCCCAAUAAAAGUGGAUCAGUCCCACCGCUCUGCAGUAGCGGACGUCAGAGACUGAACACCCAUACCGGGCACAGGUCAUGGUUAUAUAGCAUAAAUCUUGGCACAUAUCAUUGGUAUACACAUGAGGUUACAUAUAUGAUUAAUGAGAUUAUACACUUUGAAGUAACAUAUUAUGACAUAUAAUUGGCUGUUCUGAUCUUUUCACAGAACAUCUUCAAAGCAAACUAAUUGCUAAAAACUAUAGUAUCGUUCCAGGUGCACCUUAGUAUCCUCCCUUGGCAAACUUCAUAGCUAUCAUCUUUAUCUUCAUCUCUACUAACAAGCAUACUUCAUCAUUGACCGUUACCUGACUUGUGUACUAACAAGCCACAGCUGCACUAUCUGCUCAUUGACCGUCCUUUCGACCCAUCCAUUUUAUCCUUGAAUCUAUGCCUAUCAGGACUCUCUGAAGUCUAACAAGGUGCCUUCCAAUAUCAUACUAGGCAAGCCAACUAUAAACUGCCUACUAAUAUACAUAUACUUGAACCUAUGCCUAAUUGGGCUCCUUUGAUGCCUUUACACUUAACAAGAUACAUUCCCAGCAUCAUACUGGGCAAGCCAUCAUAUCCUCAUUAAAACACCUAGAUUAGACUGCAGGUGGCUAUGAGGUGAUCUGACAUACCCAAAGAUGCUGGGGCCUGAAAGGGGAAUACAAGCCUCCAGGCUUUGCUAACAAAUACAUAUUGAAUAUAUAUUGAUUAACUUAAGGCUAUAACAGCUUGCUUUAGGCCUCUACUUGCUGGCUGGAAAUACCAAAUUGGUACAGGGUAUACAAAAGGCCCCUGAGGGCCUGGUCAAACACGGUGCAUAGCGUUUCCUGGCGAUUCCCAGCAGGUUGCACUGCAGCUGUUUGUAAGCGUAGGGCAAGGGAAAUGCUAACCUUAAAGUGCAGGUCUCUUUCCAGAAGAAUAUUUGUGACUCAUGGCAGAUAAAGUGGAAAUGCAGAUCCUCCCCACCCCCCCAGCCAUCCCAGCUGUAGCGAUGAUGGAUAUACAAUAGUCCUGAUAUAUAAAGUCAUGCCUUUCCCCACAUGAACGUUGGAUGACAUUAUGGGGGGAGUGUGGAGGGCUAAACAUUCUGGUUUUUAAAACGGCCUAUAUUGGUUUUAUGGCCCAGGGCAGGAAGCCUCAAUGAGAAAGAAAAGAUAUCCUGCCAAACCCUGGAGCACAAGGCAGAGUGUCAGCCCCUUGCCUUAGGGGUGAAGUCAGAUCCCCACGGCAAGGCCUGAUGCAGAGGUGUCAAGUUCCCUUCCUUUUGUGCAGAGCCUCCUGCAGGCUGGCCUGGUCUUGAGGGGCAUUAGGGGAAACUGUCUGCAAAAUAGCGUCCCAGAAAAAUGGGAACACAACAAUUGCGGCUUUGGGGUUUUGGCAGGCUCUGUUAUAUUGAUCGGGAUGAGACCAAAGAUAAAAUACAGGAUUAUAUACACGUGUGUGUGGGCGCCCACACAGUUGUGCAAGAGGGUGAGAUACAAAGAAGAUGAAAUGCAAAAAGUACAGACUGCAUCAAUUAUUAAGUUGAACACGGUGAGGGGGAGUGGCACAGCCCCACAGCGCCAGUAGGUCUGCUCCAAUGGGAGGUGACCAGAGGAAGCGCUGCCUGCGUAAGCAUGUGUGCCUCUUGCGCUCGAAAAAGGCAUUCCCAGCACAAAAUGGAUUAUAACCGUUCCAGCAGAAUGCGCUUUAGACUGAGAAAUUAGUGUGGGGCAGGGAUGCCAUGGGGAUGCCAUGAUGAGUACAGCACCCCCAAAAAGGCACUUGUAUGAAGCACGGAAUGCACAUUAUCACACAGUGUGUACAUGCUCUCAGAAGACAUAACUUGGGGAAAUUAUAAAUUAAACCAUCAAAACAGUGGCUUUGAAAAUAAUUAAAGCAAUCCUGAGUGUGGGCGGUCUGCUCUGUCCCCACAGUGUGUAGGUGGAACAUGGCGGGAUGCACACGCACAUACUCAAAGCACUGAUACAUGCUCCCAGAGCAUGGGAGGUCAGUGGCAAGUCCCCGUAUAGCCUGCAGUGGAAAAGCAAUGAUUGUAUAGCAUUGGAAGCUGCGUGUCUAGAAGCUCUCUUUGUCUUGGGUGGGGAAGCCUCUUUUCCUGGCAUCAUGCCUCACUUUAGAAAAGGGGAAAAGUAUCUUCAGGACAUGAAUCCAUGUUGGAUUAUUGAUGCAGAAGUUCAGCCUGUUAAACCCAUUUGUUAUCGGCAGCCAGAAGGCUAAUAAAAGUUUAGUAACAGAAUGUCAGGAAGGAAUAGCCAGGGGGAAGGAGGGGUGUGUGUUGGUUGUUACUCUUUGCAGCUGUAGCCUGUCAGCUUACUCCAGCUUGGGACUGUACAAGAAGCCAAACUUUAUAAUGAGCAGUGAGAAAGUAAUUGAAGGCCGUUAAACUAGCUUGUUAAAAUCACCAAAGCGGAAAACUUCACUCUCUGCAGAAACUUGCCUUUCCUUGGCUUAUCAGUGGCACUGUCAUUUUUAAAAAAUUGAGUGAAACUGUGUGUCCAUGCAUGUGCAUGUGUGUAUGCAUGUGCGUCCACGUGUGUGUGAGAAGUUAUUUCAUGUAGGUAGAUAUCCUGCAGGAAGCCAGACUGCUGGACCACUAGAUGAGCCCCUUUUGGCCUGAUCCACAGAGAUGUUCUGAUGCUUUGAAUGUGUUGCCCUCCAGUUGUACGAUUGCAGCUCCUGUCAUGCCUGACCACUGGCCAUGCUACUUGGGGCUGAUGGGAGGCGCAGCCCACAAAUUCUGAAAGGCCACAGGUUCUCCACCACUGUCCCUAGGGAACGGAGCCUUACGUUAGGACAGGGGAGGACUGUUUGCUUUCUGUGGUUUGCAUAAGAGGCUGGAAAGUGGACUCCUGAAGGGCGCAGGUGCUUUUUCGGAUGAGCACUGGGGAAAAUGUGGUGGGAAACUUUCCUGUGACAGUGUUCUGUUUUCCUGGUUGGUCUAAGGAUGCCAGAGUGGUGAUAUGUAAGGAAUAGGAAGGGGCUGCAGCAGUCCAGUGUACAGCAAGCUAUUUGUGAGUUCUGAGUCCCAGAGGUAAUGGGAGAGAGCUGCUAAUCACGAUCUCAUGAGCACCUUGCCAAGUAUCCAGGCGCCAUCUGCCCCCACUUAGUGCUUCGGCCUCCUGGCUCCGCUUUCACAUCAUCAGGCCUGAGCAAGCAGCAGGUUAAUCCCAGGUCAUUCUUCUUGGCUGGUGAUUAGUGGGGGGUGGGUUCAUCUGAUAGUGCCUGGGAUAAUGGGCUCACACUGUCAGUGGAAAGUCACUCUUGUGCUUAGGGGUCUUAAGAUCUUGUCAACUGAGGGCCUGGUUCUAUUUCCAUUACAACCCUUUACCUUGGGGAGGGUAUCGGGCUUUUCUCCUAGCUCAGCCUCAUUCUCCGCAUCUGGUGGGGAUCCAGGCAGCCACAGGAAGCAUCUGGAGGGAAUCCCAAUUCUCACAUUUGUCGCCACGAUGUGGCUGUUGCUGCUUUUGCCCGGGGAACGCUUCUUCUGAAUGCCCCACCACAUGGAGGGACCUAAAAUGAGCUCUGCUAAUAUGUUGCUCGCUCACCACGUCAGCAGAGCCAAGGGCAGGACUGGGGGCCCCUUGGAUGACGGUUUCUUCUGGAUGUGUGGUGGGGUACAAGAUGGGUGGGAAUGGGAAUGGGCCCCAGUUGUGGGGGAACAGGGCAAGCCCCACUGCCCCUUCCUCGGCUCUGGGGUUGGAUGAGAAGGAGGUGUGAAUCAAAGGACAACAUCCUUGGGGCGGGGGGGGGGAGAGAGAGUGUGUGGUAGAUGGCCUUGAAGGCUCUGUGCCCCCUCCAAAAAAUUUGGAGGUUGAAGGCAGGAAAUGUCUGCAUAGUGAUGUUAGCUUGUAUUUGCAACUGUUUUCCUGCUGUGAAUUGCUGGGAGACUAGAAGCCUUGAGGGCCUAAAGAGGAUUGAAGAUUUGGGGGAGGGGGAAUGAUCAGAGUGAAAGAAAGAAAGAAAGAAAGAAGAGCGACCCGGGGGAGAAAAAUAGGCUCUGGGACACGCAGCGCAUGAUGCUUAACACACAGUUUCCUGCUGGGUGCACUUCUUUAAAAUAACAGCUGAAGGGGGAAGAAUUGGGGACAUAAUAUGCCUUCCCCCCACAGUUGCAGUGAAAAACCCCCCAGCACCAGGCAGCAAUUUGCCUCAGGAGGGAAACUGCCAAUUGGCACCAAUUCUGACUGAUGCACGUCUGCCACACACACAAGCACAUGGAGUGGCUGCUGUUUUCAAAGGGGGGGGGACACACAAACAUGCAGCGGGGUCAACACGGGCAUUCAAUGCCACUUGUG